AUGGCCUUGAAAGGGACCCGGGAGGCCAGCCAUGCCGAUAGCUGGUACGUGGGUGACCCGGGCCAGCUGAACAAGGAGCUCGAUGGUUAUCUGGCCACCGUUCCCAGCUCGAUCAACGAGAGCAGCCUUCCCAUCCCGGGCGCAAAGGUCGUCAUCGCGCCGCAUGCAGGGUAUUCCUACUCUGGUGAGUGUGCCGCUUGGGCGUACAAGUGCCUCGAUUUGCGCAAGGCGAAGCGCGUCUUCGUCCUCGGCCCCUCGCACACCUAUUAUCUCCGUGGCUGCGCUCUCACCAAAUUUGCAAAGUACGAAACACCAUUUGGCGACCUCACAGUCGACAGUGCGGUGAUCCAGGAGCUGCGGGAUAGCGGCAAGUUCGCAGACAUUCCCUCCGAUAAGGAUGUACGGGAACACUCGUUGGAGAUGCAUCUACCCUAUGUCUACAAACGCCUGGAACAGACGUUCACCUCCAUGGCCGACUUUCCCACUAUUGUACCCAUCCUGAUUGGAGACAAUAAUGGCCCUCAAGAGAAGGAGUUCGGCAAGCUCUUGGCGCCUUACCUGGCUGACCCCGAGACCGCCUUUGUGGUGAGCUCGGACUUCUGCCACUGGGGAUAUCGCUUCGACUAUAGACCAUUCACCAAGGGAUCACCUAUCCAUGAGCACAUCAAGGACAUUGAUCACCAAGCCAUGGAUGCGAUCGAGGGAGGCAAGCACGACGACUUUGUUGCAAAUCUAGCCCGCACAAAGAACACUGUGUGCGGACGCCACCCCAUAGGUGUCACCAUGGCUGCACUGGAGGUCCUAGCGAAGGAUAACUCAGAGGAAGCGAAGAACCGCUUCAAGUUUGUGCAGUACCAACGCAGCGAUCUGGUUCAAGAUAUGGGUGGCUCAAGUGUGAGCUAUGCCGCAGCCUAUGCCAUUGUCUGA